CUGCUCUUCCUUCUCUUCUUUACUCGAUCAGAAGUCUCUCGCCGCGAUGCAGAGCGUCAUCCAGUUCGGAUCGCUCCCACCGCGCCCGAAACGCCCGCGGAAGCAACACAUUUGCCAGUACUGCCAGGCUUCGUUCAAGCGGGGUGAGCAUCUCCUACGCCACGAACGGUCCCAUACCGCUGAGCGACCUUUCGACUGCGCUGCCUGCGAGACCUCGUUCUCGAGAAAAGAUCUGCUCAUUCGACACACUCGAACCUGCGCUGCUGCCGCGGCCGCCGCCGCUGCAAAGGCCAAAUCCUCCGGCGCCUCUCAGCUUCCUUCAAACACAGCCUCCAACCUGAAUCCGUCCAGUGCCAGGUCCUCAGCGUCGGCCUCGGACUCGGAAAAGACAAACUCCCUGCUCCCGCUCUCCUUCCCCGCACUACAGGAGAAGCCCGAUUCCGACAAAGCCGAGACCCUCGACAACACUUUUGGGGCUGCCGCUCUCAAUACCACUCCUGCUGUUGUAAACCCCACUGCAGGCCUCGAUCAGAGCAAACUAUCAUUAUCUGCCGACGGUGCUACGAUGUUUGAUGAUCUGCUCAACAACUCGCAGACUGAAAAUUUGUCCGGAGCAGCCGCUUUGCCGAACCAAGCUAUGGAAGUGACCAACGUCGACAAUACUCAACCUGAUAACAGCGCCGCGAACGAGAUGCUUAAUAUGGAGACCGGAAACGACAUGUUUGCCAACUUUGACAUCUCGCAGUACGUCACCGCAUCCUCGCCCAUGAACAUGUUUUCCCCCGGUACUUCCGCUUUACUGGGGUCGUUGGACCUCAUCGGAGGAGAUUACUGGGUCGGGCCACUCCCUGAACUGGACUCGAGAAAGGAGAGCGCACCACUCUCUCACCGGAGCGAUUCUACCGGCGAAGACGAAGCUCGCUCGUUUGCCUUCAAUGACGAUUGGGACUCGUCUGCUUCGUCGCCCAACUCGGGUAUCGAUACCGACACUCCAUGGAGCGACAUGUUGACCGAAGGCAUUGAUUUCGACAUGUGUGACAUCAACAAAGUUGCCAUUUUCGACGACACCUGUCGGGCUAAUUUGUUCAACAUAUUGUCAGCCAUCUCACCGCACGCGAACGCGCCCAUACUGCCGACUACAGACCAACUGAACACGUAUCUCAUUGUUUACAAGACCGGCUAUGGUCAGCAAUUCCCGCUGAUCCACUCAACCUUCUGCCGAUUCAGUUUUGUUAGACGAUCCGGCGAAAUUACGAUCGAGAAGAUGGCCGGUGCGGUUCUGAUGAUGGUUAUGAGUGCUAUCGGUGCAGUCUACGUCUCGGAUCACGAGGAAGCCAAAUCCCUCUGCUCGCAGUGCAAGGAAUAUAUUACAUUGAUGUCGGUUGGUCGCACGAUCUUCACUGAUGAUCAGUACCUGCCUUUGCUGCAAGCCAAGCUUCUGACCUGUAUGUUUGACGCCUGGAGCGGUGACGUCGAGAUGAUUGAGUCUGCGCUCAAUGAUUUGCCGUUCCUUAGCCGGUGUUGCGCCUACGGUGUCCAGCGCCGGAAGGCCAGAGAUAUCUCGAGCUGGUCCGCAUGGGUCACUCGUGAGGGUUAUCACAGGCUGUACUGGGGUAUCUUCACAUUCAUGUCAAAUCUCAAUCUUGCGUACGGUCAGGGAAUGGUGGUCCGGCUCACAGAUCUUGGGCUACCGUUACCCGAGAGUGACCAGCUUUGGUUUGCAAACGCAGAAGGCCAGUUUCAUAGCCUGCUCACCGAGUUGGAUGCCUCUCUCACCACCGAUGAGGCUAUCGCUCGUAUCUUUGCCGCCUCUAGUAUGGAUUCGAAUGAAGUGGACAAAGCUGAUCGGCAGAUGUCAAAGUUUGCAAUUCUAGUGUUGCUACACAUGGUCAUGCAGCACUUGGGUGAUACCAAACAAGUGCUUCACUUCUCUGGCGUGUCUGCGAUGGGUGGUGAUUCGCGCGGUUCAAACUCUGGCAUUGAGCUCGAGUAUAUCCGCACGGUCUCCUAUGAGCAGAUCGACAGAUUGAUUCACCAUCUGAUCAAGUGCCUGCUGAAGCUUUCAAACACUCGUGGCCGAGUGUCGAUCGAGUCCAUGGCCCAUAUCAUCAAAAUCAGACGGUGCGGUAUCUCGGUGACUUCAUUUUUCAGAGGUUUGCUCUCAGAUCCGUGCCUGUCGGAAUACCUCGAUCCUGUUAUUGAUGAGUUUGCGCUCCGGACGCUGACACGUUCGACGCAAGCAAACAAGGCAAUCUAUCUCUCACUUCCUUAUGUUCGCGGGUUUAUUCGAGCCGAGGAAAAACCGGAUAGUAUUGAGCAGGUGCUCUGUUUCUGGGAGUCUAUGCUUUCGUUGAUUGCUUGGAUACAUGGUGUCGAAGCUGCCUCUGAGCGGGAGAUGUCGGUUGAGGAACAAUUUGUGGUCGAGAGUGUAUCUCAAAUGAUUGAGUCCUCUACGAUGGAUCUGCCAAAGGUUUGCGGGUUGUCUCCUCAGACGGGAGCAUCUAUGUUUACGUCGGUGAAAACGCAGGGUGCAGGACAGCCUUCAGUGUCGGCCCAGGUGGCGCAUAUGAGUCACGAGAUAUUUAAGAAGGACGGCAAGUGGGAUAUCACGAAACGAAUGGCUCUUGUUAUGGAACGAUUAGAGAAACGAUUGAGAUAAGUUUUGAGAUUAGUUAUUGCAGGUUAUGAUUUCUUGCUUGUUUUAAGGAGUUUACGUGGGGCCUGUUAAAUUGUUUGGAAUGGUUUGAUUAUUCUAGAUAUAUGAUGUCUGAUUAGUUUGUUUUCGCUCCGGUGUAUACUACGAUUGUACAAGGUAAAAUUAAUGAUUGUUUAAAUUAAAAAAGCGAUGUGACGUAGC